UCAAAAGUAGGUUACUCAAAUCCAGCACGGUAGCAAACCAUGUUUCAGUUUAUAACUGGUUGUAUUUAUUAUUAAUUACUGAUAUAUUUUUCGGUUAAAGAAACUACUUCUUAUCGCACAAAACAAUGGGACUGAAAAGGGAUUUUGUACUGCUUUUAAAACCUUACUAUAUAAUCAAUAUUUUAAUGUCUCUUGGAUAUGUACUGGCCAAGAAGACACCUGGUGUUUGUGCGUUUUUAUUUCCAAAUUCAAAUCCCCUUUGUGAGCUAGAUUCUAGAGAGACUGAAAUCCUUUUUUUCCUGGUGAUCGUAGUCAUGAUCAGGACGAGAAAGGCAGGGAGUGUAACUAUGAUCAACUACUUGACAUCUAGCUUUGUCUAUACAAAAGUAGCCAAUGUCAUUCUCUGGUUUUAUUCUGAUAUUAGAAUGGGCCUUAUUUACACAGUCCUUUUUGUUUUGGUUGGCCUUUUAGUACCUGAACCAACUUAUUCUGGUCCCGACAGAGUUACCUAUUUCCGCACAGCCCAAGGUUUGGAAGACGAGCUCAACAAGGACAAACGAGUUGUAUGGCUGGUCGCGUUUUAUACCGCUUGGAAUCCAGCCUGUGUCAAUCUCGCACCUGUUUUUGCACAACUUUCAAAUGAUUAUGAUCUUGAAACUUUAAAAUUUGGUAAAAUCGAUGUUGGGCGGUACCCGGAGGCGGGAGUCAAGCAUCAUGUCAACGAUUCAUCAGUCAGCAAGCAGCUUCCGACUAUAAUUUUGUUCAAAGAAGGAAAAGAAUGCUUGCGCCAGCCGAUGGUCGAUCGGAGCGGAAAACUGAAAAAAUUCUUCUUCACCGAGGAUAAUAUCAAAGCGGCGUUCGAUUUGAACAAUCUGUACAAAGAGUGCAAGGCGAUGCCUACAAAACACAAGAAAACCCAGGAAAAGGGAAAAAUUGAAUAAGUUUCCUCAUCCAGAUUCAUUUUGCAUUACAAAUUAUUUGAUGUUAAGCGUAAAGAAAAGUUCAAAUUGUUAGUUAUCUGUUUUUAGUAUUACUGCCUAGUCAAACAAUUUUCAAAGCGCCAAGCUUUGAUAUCGAACAUUCUAAGCAUCUGAUGUAUCUUAGAGAAUGUAAUUUGUUAAAAAGAUUUUUAGCUAGUAUUAAUAACUUUUUUUUUGCAUGUGUAACUCAAAAAAUCAGUUUUUAUUGUUAAUUCUAGUUAAGGAUGUUCCUCAUAAUAAAAAUAUUCUAUUAAUUGCCCUUUUGUACAAUAAACUUUCUACAUUAUUAAUUUACUUACAAUCUUAAACUGUACAGCUGCCAUUAUGAAUAGUGUACCAAUAUUUUUGUAUAUAUUUAUUUUAUUUUUAUUGUGUGCAUAUAUAUGUUUAGUUUACUCAAUUGAUCUAAGGAAUACCAGAUUUUAAGAAUUUUGUUGUGUAAUUUUUAUUAGUUUUGACAUACCUGAAAAAACUAGACAUGUUUAUAAAUUAAUUAAAUAAUGGCAAA